ACAGUGGUUCAACUCGAAGUUGUCGCACCGUGGCACUGAGACCGAGAAAUCUUCCACUUGUAAGUCAUAUCCCACCAUCCCACCAUAAUCAGUCUUUGCUUUACCUCUCGAGUGUGAUAUCUCGCACAGGAAAAAUACUAACCUAAGCCAUGGACGACGACCUUACGUUUGGUGCUUCGGUGUGGGGCAUCCCCAGUGAUCCCACACGUCUUUCAAAUUUGACAACGGAUCUACCAACGUUCUCCUCUCCCAGUACAUCCCAAGAUUUAUUCGACGACUUCGAUGAUUUUCACACUCCUCCGCAGACUGACCAGGCAGCUUCAUCGGUGGCCCAAGACGAUGAUUUUGGAGACUUUGGGGACUUUGGAGAGGCUGAGGAGUUGGCAAAUGCCAAUGACUUUGAGCAGGACACCAGAUUUGAAGAAGAAAUACCAAUCGCAGGACCAUCUCAGUUGGAAUGGGAGCCUUUGGUGAUGAAUCCUGUACCUUCUAACGAGGAACUGGGUAGACAAAUUAGCAACUUGUUGGAGUCAGUAUGGACGCAAGAUGUAUCGGGUCUCACGAUGGAUCAAGACCUGAGACAAGUAGAUGGUAUUAGCCAGAUGCUGGUUACGUCUCAAAGCCGCGACCUCUAUAACACGUUGCUGAACUCCCCACCCUCGUUCGAGCCCAUAAAUUGGACCAGGUCGCGGAUCCGCCAGCAACACCUCAUUUCAUUAGGCCUACCAGUGAACCUUGAUGAGGUGUUUCCCCAUGCUAAUGGGAAGCCUUUACCUCCUCUGCAAAUAUCCACGCGACCGAUGUCUGCACCACCAGGUCCACGCAAUGGUCCUUUGCGCAGCACCCCACCUUCUAGAAGUAACUCACGAGCAAACAGCCCACGUAAACCCUCAGCUCGUUCGGGACCGACAUCCGUGUCGCAACUAGGGCUAGGUCCUAAACCCGUGCUCGACGAGAAGAAAGUGAAUGAUCUACUCAAUCUUGAUCCAAAUCAGCUACCUCUUCUACCUCUUGCCAAACUUGAGCGCUUCUUGGCCGACCUGCGAGCAGAAACAACAAAUACAUCAACGUUGCUGACGCAUCUCUUGCAAACGCGCGAUGCUCUACAGCAAGACUCAGAAACGUACAACAAACUCAUAGCAGAGUUGGUUAGCGAAGCCCAGAAGCCCAAAUCUGGAAAGGGACGGACGUCGUCGAGACGUAGUGUCAUGGCUGGAUCAUGAUGUCUCGAGGAUUAUGUUUAUUCGCAUUUAGGCGCCGUCCAUCAUUGCAGAGAGGUAAAGGGGGGUGUUCAAGUUGUAUGCCAGUGGAAGCGUCCAUGAAAAACGUUAUUAUUAUUGGUACUUUCAUGGGCGUUAAAUGCAAGGUCUAUCUCUAAUACGCUACCUUUACAAAGUUGUGCUCCUACUAGUAAUAUCAUCAUCUUUAGCAUCUUUAGAGGCGGCCUAUAGCACGAAGUAUAUGCUUUGUAAACAAGUUGUCAAAUUGAAAUGCAACUAU